GAUCAUCAGGUGGCUGUUCAUCUUUCUUACUCAUAGCCUGAUCAAACUGAUCCCAGAGCAGCCGGGGAUCGGGUUUCAGCACCGCGGUCAGCUCCGAGCCCAGCCUCUUCCUCCUCCAGGCAGCAGAGCAUCAACACAUCAACAUUUCUCCUGUUUUCUCUCCCUGCGACCCCUCCCCCUUUGUAUCUGCUCUCAUGAUAAAUCCCUCCUAUGUGCUACUGACUGGCAGACUCGAAAGGCUUGGAAAUCACGCAACUACACUCAACCACACUUUCAUUUUUCUUGCUAAGACUGACUUAUCUGACGGCAGUUUUUUUUUUGAAAAGCAACAGUCUGAGCAGCUCAUCAAUCAGGUUUUGCGUCUCCAUAGCGGCUUCCUCUGGAUCUCUCCCUCUGUGGCUGAGACAGAAGGUGAUCGACAUCUUUUUUCCCCCUACUUUUGCAGUUUCACCUUUGCGGCAGGUAGGCUACAGUCUCCAUCUAAGCCUCGGUAGCAUGUUGGACCCGUCUUCCAGCGAGGAGGAAGGGGAUGAGAUCCUGGAGGUGGAGCGCAAAGAGGUGGCGGCCCCGAAGAGCCUCGGAGGAGCCCGGCUGUCACCGGGCCGAGCCGCCGACGGCGGCGGAGGGCUCCAGUCCCGGGGCCGCGGGAGCGGCGGUGGUCGACCCUCGAGCCCCAGCCCGUCGGUGGGCAGCGACAAGGAGAAAGAGGACCUGGAGAAGAUGCAGAGAGAGGAGGAGGAGAAGAAAAAGAGACUCCAGCUGUAUGUGUUUGUGAUGCGCUGCAUCGCCUAUCCAUUUAACGCAAAGCAACCAACUGAUAUGGCCAGGAGGCAGCAGAAGAUCAGUAAGCAGCACCUGCAAACAGUCAAAGAGCGUUUCCAGGCGUUCCUCAGUGGAGAUACCCAGAUUGUUGCAGAUGAGGCUUUCAUCAACGCUGUCCAGAGCUACUAUGACGUUUUCCUGAAAAGUGACCGUGUCUCCCGGAUGGUGCAGAGUGGCGGCUGCUCGGCCAGUGACUCUCGGGAGGUUUUUAAGAAGCACAUAGAGAAGCGAGUGCGCAGCCUGCCUGAGAUCGAUGGCCUGAGCAAAGAGACCGUGCUGAGUUCCUGGAUAGCCAAGUUUGACACAAUCUACAGAGGUGAAGAGGACCCCAGGAAGCACCAGCAGAGAAUGACAGCCAGUGCCGCCUCCGAGCUCAUCCUCAGCAAGGACCAGCUGUACGAGAUGUUCCAGCAGAUCCUGGGUGUCAAGAAGUUUGAGCACCAGCUCCUCUAUAAUGCCUGCCAGCUGGACAACCCUGAUGAGCAGGCAGCCCAGAUCAGAAGAGAGCUGGAUGGGCGACUGAAUAUGGCAGACCAGAUUGCUCGGUAUGGUGGAAGGUUUCCCAGGUUUGCAUCCAGAGAGAUGGAGGCCAUGUACAUUGAGGAACUGCGAUCCUCUGUAAACCUGCUGAUGGCCAACCUGGAAAGCAUGCCAGUGUCCAAGGGAGGAGAGUUCAAGCUGCAGAAGCUGAAACGAGGCCACAAUGCCUCCAUCAUGGACAUGGGCCAGGAGGAUGAGAACACGCUGUCCAAAUCUGACGUGGUGCUGUCCUUCACCCUGGAGGUAGUGAUCAUGGAGGUCCAGGGUUUGAAGUCGUUGGCUCCAAACAGGAUUGUUUACUGUACCAUGGAGGUUGAGGGAGGACAUAAACUGCAGACGGACCAGGCUGAGGCCUCAAAACCCACUUGGGGUACCCAGGGUGACUUCACCACCACCCAGCCGUUACCUGCUGUGAAGGUAAAGCUGUUUACUGAGAGCACAGGAGUGUUGGCUCUGGAAGAUAAAGAGCUGGGGAAGGUUGUGCUCCACCCGACUCCCAACAGUCCCAAGCAGUCUGAGCUUCACAAGAUGACAGUGUCUAAAGGCUGUCCAGACAAUGACCUCAAGAUCAAACUGGCUAUUCGCAUGGACAAACCACAGAACAUGAAGCAUUGUGGGUACCUAUGGGCCAUUGGCAAAAACGUGUGGAAAAGAUGGAAGAAAAGAUUCUUUGUGCUGGUUCAGGUGAGUCAGUACACCUUUGCCAUGUGCAGCUACAGAGAGAAGAAGGCAGAGCCUGUAGAGCUUCUCCAACUGGAUGGCUACACCGUGGACUACACCGACCCUCAACCAGGUCUAGAUGGCGGUCGGACGUUCUUCAACGCUGUGAAAGAGGGCGACACUGUGAUCUUUGCCAGUGAUGAUGAGCAGGAUCGGAUCCUAUGGGUCCAAGCCAUGUACCGAGCUACCGGCCAGUCCCAUAAGCCAGUUCCUCCCACCCAGGUCCAGAAACUCAACUCGAGGGGGAGCACGACGCCACAGCUUGAUGCACCCAUCUCUCAGUUCUAUGCUGAUCGAGCCCAGAAACACGGCAUGGAUGAGUUUAUUUCAGCCAACCCCUGUAACUUCGACCACGGCUCACUGUUUGAGCUGGUGCAGCGCCUUACUCUAGACCACAGACUCAAUGACUCCUACUCCUGCCUGGGCUGGUUCAGUCCCGGUCAGGUGUUUGUCUUAGAUGAGUAUUGCGCUCGCUACGGCGUUCGAGGCUGCCAUCGGCAUUUAUGUUACCUGAGUGAUCUGCUGGAGAGGGCAGAGAACGGAGCUAUGAUCGACCCCACCCUGCUGCACUACAGCUACGCCUUCUGUGCCUCCCACGUCCAUGGAAACAGGCCUGAUGGUAUUGGCACAGUUACUGUAGAAGAGAAAGAGCGCUUUGAGGAGAUCAAGGAGAGGCUACGGGUACUUCUGGAAAACCAGAUUACACACUUCAGGUACUGCUUUCCAUUUGGACGGCCAGAGGGAGCACUGAAAGCAACUCUGUCCUUGCUGGAAAGAGUUCUGAUGAAAGAUAUUGUUACUCCAGUUCCACAAGAAGAAGUCAAAGCUGUGAUCCGUAAGUGUCUGGAGCAGGCAGCUCUGGUCAACUACCAACGCCUGUCAGAAUACGCCAAACUUGAAGGGAAAAAGAGAGAGAUGUAUGAGCAUCCUGUCUUCUGCUUGGCGUCUCAAGUGAUGGAUUUAACCAUUCAGAAUGUAGGGCGGUUAGUCACCCCUGCCAAAAAACUGGAGGACACUAUUCGCCUGGCCGAGCUGGUGAUUGAGGUGCUCCAGCAGAAUGAGGAACACCAUGCUGAGGGAAAAGAGGCCUUCGCGUGGUGGUCAGACCUGAUGGUGGAGCAUGCCGAGACCUUCCUGUGUCUCUACUCGGCCGACAUGGACGCAGCUCUCGAAGUUCAGCCACCAGACAGCUGGGACAGCUUUCCUCUCUUCCAGCUGCUCAAUGACUUCCUGAGAAUGGACUAUAACCUGUGCAAUGGGAAGUUCCAUAAACACCUGCAGGACCUGUAUGCCCCCUUGGUGGUGCGAUAUGUGGACCUGAUGGAGUCCUCCAUUGCUCAGUCCAUUCACAGAGGCUUUGAAAGGGAAUCCUGGGAACCUGUCAAGAGUAUAACAAGCACUCUGCCUAACGUCAACCUCCAAAUGCCCAAAGUACCAAAUUUAACAGUGCCAAGUGUUAACGUCCCACAAUUGCCAGGCUUUUCAACACCCAACUGGAUGACAGCUUAUUAUGAGUCAGAUAAUGGCUCAGGGACGUCAGAGGAUCUCUUCUGGAAGCUGGAUGCUCUGCAGACCUUCAUCAGAGAUCUCCACUGGCCAGAGGAGGAGUUUGGCAAACACCUCGAGACCCGGCUGAAGCUGAUGUCCAGUGACAUGAUUGAAUCCUGUGUAAAACGGACACGGACAGCGUUCGAGGCCAAGCUUCAGAAGAGCAGCCGGGCCACAGACUUUCGCGUGCCGCAGUCCAUCUGCACCAUGUUCAACGUCAUGGUGGAUGCCAAAGCCCAGUCAGCCAAGCUGUGUGCCAUGGACCUGGGGCAGGAGAGACAAUACCAUUCCCAAAUUGACAAUCUAAUUGAAGAGACGGUGAAGGAGAUGAUUACUCUGCUGGUAGCUAAGUUUGUGGUCAUUCUAGAGAGUGUGUUAGCGAAGCUCUCCAGAUAUGACGAGGGAACACUCUUCUCUUCCUUCCUAUCUUUCACAGUGAAAGCUGCCUCAAAGUACGUGGAUGUACCUAAGCCAGGGAUGGAUGUGGCUGACGGUUAUGUGACAUUUGUUCGCCAUUCCCAGGACAUGCUGCGGGAGAAGGUCAAUGAAGAGGUGUACAUAGAGAGAUUAUUUGAUCAAUGGUACACCAGCACUAUGAACCUUGUAGGAACAUGGCUGACUGACCGGAUGGACCUGCAGCUCCAUCUUUAUCAGUUGAAGAUUCUCAUCAGGAUUGUCAAGAAAAAGUACCGUGACUUCCGCCUUCAAGGAGUGCUGGACUCCACAUUAAACAGUAAGAUGUAUGAAACCGUGAGAAAUCGACUGACUUUGGAAGAAGCCACUGCCUCAGUGAGGGAAGGAGGGAUGCAAGGCAUUUCCAUGAAGGACAGCGAUGAAGAGGACGAUAACUAGAAGAAGGCCUGAAAACUACAAUGUCAAAGCUUUUCAGAGGGUGAGCAGUAUACUGCCUGAGAACCCAUGCAGCCUUUCCAUGAGGUCAAAAAAGAUUGAUUGAUUGAACAACCAACGUGUUCCCUCUGUUAUUUGCUUAGUCAGUUUUUCAUUCCUGUAAUAGGUCCACUUCUCUGUCUGAAUUAAAUUAAAUAAGAUGUAUUAAAAAAUUCACAACAGCCAAGUACUUUAGGUUAAUACAUUAAAUUAAUUAAUGGUUGAUUUCUCCUGAAAUGUGAGCAAAUGAAUGUCAGAAUAUUCAAGAGGCCAAAAUAACAAAUGUGACAACAAAUACUCACCAUUCAAAGCCUUAUAAAUAAGAUGAAAAAGAAAGGCAGGUAAUUGCAUCUAUACGGUGUUCAUCUUUUGAAGGCAUUAAAAAUAUUAUGUUGUACCUUCAUGUUGUGCAACCAAAAAUGUCUGCAGUCUUUGUACGGAAGCUUUCCUGUUGCUUGUUGCUAAGAUUUGUCUUUCACAUUUUGAAAAGUACAUAUAGUAUAGAGCACUCUCUUUACUUUAGGCUGUUCUGCUGGAAAAUAACUUGUGAAACACUCAAGUGAUCCAAGUGAAACAGAAAUAUUGGGGAGCACUUUACAUUACAGCUCGGUAAUAACAUGGUAAUAGUUUGAUUGUAUAGUUUGAUAAUAAAGAGGUAAUAAUUAAAUAAUACUAUGUAAUUAAAAGGUAAUAACCAGAUAAUAGCUUGGUAUUGAAAAUGAGUAUAUCUCAGUAACAUUUGUUACGCACAUUCCAACACUGACCAAACACACCACAACAAAACACCUUUUAAGCAGCCAAAUCCAUGGGAUUUAUUAACAUAAACAGACGUACAAAACAACCAAGACAAUCAAUCAAAAAUCAUAAAGUCAAAACACAAUUUCCCGGGCUGAGAGGCAGCAAAACCAGCAGUCUCCUUUCCUGAAGCCCCUGCCUUCUUUUUCUGGCACAUGAGCUUUUAAGCAUCCCAUUCCCAGGCCAGGUGCACCUCAUUAAUCAAUGAGAUGUAGCACGCCCAGGGCAGCACUAGACAAGGAAAAGGGACAAACAGCACAGAGAAUACAUACAGCUGUAAUAUAUUAGACUUAAAUUUAUGUUCAAUUUCAAAUCACUUUUAUUUAUAUAGCACCAGUUCACAACAACAGUUAUUUUUGUGCUUAUAUGUAACAGGGUAAUAAGGAGCCAAACUAAGGGGCAAUAAUAGGGAAACACAUUUAAUUAUAGCAACAAGGCAAAACAAUUUAGUAAUAAGAUUUGUUAAUAAUAUGGUAACCUUCUAACAGUAAAAAGGUUCUAUCAGUACAAUAUUUGGAUUAAAAGAAUGUUGACAUUAAUUGGGUAAUUACUUGAUAAUAAUGAGUUUUCACAACAUCAACCUAAAUUACCUCAUUAUUUUCUGGUUAUUACCCCAUUAAUGUCACCAUAUUACCAUUUUUAAGGUUAUCUAAUAAACAUUUUAUUGUUAGAAGGUAACCAUAUUGUUACCAAAAUAUGACAAUAAUGUUAGGGAAUACUUGCCUUGUUACAGUCUUUAAAUGUAUUUUUUAUAUACAGUCUAUGGUAUUUCCCCAUUACUACCAUUUAUUCUUGCCCCUUAUUACAUAAAUUUCAGUCUAAUUUUACUCAGAUAUAGCCAUUGUUAAUACCAAUUACCUGGUUAUUACUUUGGUAAUUAGAUGAUAUUUCUAAUUACCGCUUUAUUAAACUAUUACCCCACUAUUACCAUGUUAUCAUUUAUAAGAUAUUUCCAAAAUUACUUGUUGAAUGUUCUCAAAAAAUAUGAAUGAAUAUUUUGUUCCUAAGUUUAUGAACAACACUGCAAAUUUCUUUCUGUUAUGCUGACAAAAUGUGCAGUGAGUGCAGCUAGUGUAUGUUGCAUUAUUGUAAAUUCUGUGAAAAUGGUCUCAUAUUACUUUUUUUGUAAUGAAUCUGCAUAAUGUCCCAACCAUAAAAUCUUGACAAAAUGUUUAAAAAGAUGUGCUGUGAUAUGAUGUAACAGUAACAGUUUUUGUUUUUGUCUGCCAGUUUUUCAGAACAUGCCCGGUCGCAACUGUCUUACAGCAAAUGUAAUCCAAGGCAUUGUCAGCAGUAAAGUUGAUGGGUGCAAACAUUUAAUAAAAUAGUGACGAAAA